GACAGCCAGUAAUAGGGCCCACACAAUCUACCCGAAGUCACUGCCCCCAUGCGGAGGUCGAUAUCAUGUUCGGUAACGCUGAAGAAUGAACAACUUCGUUUGCUUAUGCAAAAAGCUAUUUAAACAAAAGAAGCCGAACGACCGAUCUAUCCGAGAAUAGUUCCAUCAUCAUACGAGGUCCAUCUCUCGAGUUGCUGUAGCUAGUUGACGGACAUUGGAAUUUCCGCAAUAUAAAUGCGAUCAAUGAUAUAUACUGAAUCAAGUAGAAGCAGUGAUCAGCUUGUUUAUCCUCAUCAUAGUAUCAUAGUUGAAGUCUUUCAUCUGCCUCGUCAAAAAUGGUAUCCCUUACUACCGCCUCAGCGCCGAAUGCCAUCGAGGGUCUGGCUGGAAGACCAGCAUUUCCCACAGAUUUGCCAAUUGCACACAUCUCCAACAUCUCCCAUCAGAAGAUUCUAGAUGGUGAUAUUGAUGAGAUCUCUAAGGUCAUCAAGUCCGCUAGGGACAUUGGAUUUUUCCGCGUUGAUCUCAGGGAAUCUGAUAUUGGCCAGCGGUUCCUGGCUGCAGCAAACAACAUGUUUGCAUUGGCUGAAGAGACCUUUGAUCUGCCCACGGAUACAAAGCUCGCUGACAGUUUCCUCAACCACGGCGACACUUUACUUGGAUACAAAGGGUUAGGAGCCUCAGUUGUAGACAAAAAUGGCACUCCCGAUAACAACGAACAAUACUGGAUUGGUUGCGGAGAUAUCGAAGGCAAUGGCCGCUCGCGCGCUGUUUACAAUGAGGUAAUCAAAAGCAAGAUGGCGCAACUUCAAGAGUUCAUUGACCUCGGGAAGGUCGUGACAGACAAAUUCCUGUUGAUCUUCUCUGCGGUCUUGGGAGUCGGACCGGAGAGCCAAGACUUCUUACCGAAGCUGCACAGUCACAGCAAUAACUCUGGUAGCCACGUUCGUCUGUUGAAAUGCCCUCCUAAGCCAAAGAAUGCCAACGUCAGCCUGCAGCCACACACAGACUGGGGCACCCUGACUGUAUUGUUCAACGUUCUAGGCGGGCUUCAGAUCUUUGUUCCAGAGAAUCUCGCUGGCCCCGGAGAACAGGCUGGCUGGAAGUAUGUCAAGCCGGAGCCUGGUAUGGCUAUCUUCAAUCUGGGUGAUGCAUUUGUCAAAUGGUCGGACGGUGAGCUCAAGAGCACCAUUCACCGUGUCGCCAACCCUCCGGGCGAUCAAGCGAAAUGGACACGAUAUAGUUUGGCGUACUUCACUCGUCCUGACAACGACGUCCCGCUGAAGCCUCUUGGCAGAAAGAGUGUGCCAUCUGAGGCAGCCACAGGAUACCCAACAUUCAAGGAGUGGGCUAUGAGAAGAGCUAUGGCGGGUAGAUCCGACAGCUUCAAGGCAGGCGAUUGGGAGAAGGGUCAAGGAACUGAAACGGUCAUGAGUGCUCAAGCAAGAGUAGUGGCCUAA